GCACGGCCAGCUGUCAAAACGCUAGAUUGUCGAAAUUAGCGCUUCCUUAUUUUUGUUGAUAUGGGGAAUGUUUUUACGUGCUCGCGAAUUUAUACUAAACGUUUACCAAAACUACACCAAGGGCAUUGAUCGUGAUUUGUAGCAAUGGAACGGGAAUGUCGUUUGUGCAUGAGAUAUCGUAGCGUUAAGCCGCUGGACGCAGAAAUGGUGCGCAAAAUUGGAACAUGUUUCGGAAUACACAUCAAUCUCGACGAUACGACCCUGCCCCGAAACAUUUGUCGGAAGUGUACGAAUAAAGUAAUAGAGGUCAAGAAAUUUCGCGACUUCUAUGCGUCCGUGCAAGCUAACCUGUUCUUAAGGCGUUCGAACCAUUUGGUUCGCAUCGACCGACAACCUUUGGUACAAGUGCUGCUAUCCGAUCACGAAACUCCGAAAUACAUACAUCCUCCAAACAAACCGAGCCACGACGGCAGCCAACAGAAGGUAACCAAUCGAUCACGCACGGAAAGCGAUAAUGGCAAACCGUGCAAGCAAUACGCAUCCCAGAAAACCUACCGUCGCGACGUUUCCGUUCACCGUCCGGCUCCUUCUCCGCGAUCCGUACUGCCGUCUAACCGGACAUCUGCCGAAGAACCGGCAGCUUCACGCCACCGCAAGGCUUCCACGCCCGUAACCGAACGUGGUCCCAAGGGAAAUGUUGCUUUUCCGACAACCCGAACGCCGGAUACCGUUUCGCUGGCAGAUGCAAAGGAAGAUGAUCCAUCGAAUGAAGCAGCAGAAACGGAAGAGAUAGAAGUGCUGGAACAGGCGGAGGUUUCGGUGUCGGAAAAUAGUCCCGUUCCUGGCGCUAUCGAAGCGUUGGAGCUGGAAGUAUUGGAACCGGAUUCACAGCAGAUAGAAGUGUUGGAAACCGAGCUGGAAACAGAUCUACCGCUGAAGGAGCAGCGGCUCGAUCCUACGGACGCCAUGGAUGUAAAGGAAGAAAGCAUCGAUCCAAAUGCGUUCGAUUCGGCGGAAGAUUUAGAUUCCGAACAUAACCAAGAGAAUGGUCCAACAACAUCGGAAGUGUUAGAAACGACAGAGAACACGGAAGGCACGGAUAAUGCUAAACCGGCGCGAACCCCAGCACCGCAAGCACGGUCCAGAAAGCGUAAGAAAAUCUCCGGUCCCGAGCUGUACAAAUCGCUUCUAACCGAGUGUAACAUCUGCAGUAAGAUGAUCGAACGCAACCGGCUGGAGGGACACAUCAAUCGACACUCGGGCCGUCGCCCGUACAGCUGUCCGGUAGAGGGAUGCACGUCACGGUUCCACUGCAAGCACGCCUGCCGUUUGCACGUUCGCUGUCGCCACGGGUCGGAAACGUUCUCGUGCCAGACAUGCGGCAAGGAGUAUAGGGCGCGCCGCGACCUGCUCGGCCACAUCCGAGAAACUCAUGUAGAGCCGAGGUUUAGCUGUGACGUUUGCGGAAAAAUGUUCACCACAAGGUCACGGCUGAAACAGCAUCGGUUCUAUCACACCGGCGAGCGCAACUACCCGUGCCAUGUAUGUAAAAUGCGCUUUUUCAGCCACUUCCAGCUGAAAGUGCACAUGCGAACGCACACGAAAUCGUUCCCAUACGUAUGUUCCGUGUGCAAUAAGAUUUUCCGCUACCGACACAUGGCGAAGGACCAUAUCGUGAAGGAUCACGGUAUCGAUACCUCGCUGCAAAAGGAAUGGAUCAUACAGUUCCCGGAACCGGACCCGGAAGAAGUGGAGGUGGUGAACACCGAAAAAAAUACGGUACGUUACAACAUCCAGCGGCUCGAGGGACCGGACGAAGUGUAUCACUUUGGGGAUCCGUCUGGAUCCGCGGCUGCUUCAAUGGAUGCAACAAGAACGGACCAGACGGACUGGCAACUAGGGCAUACCAAUGGAAUGGUAUGAGUUAGUCAUAGACGGGUCGACCCAAACCUUCCCGGUUGAAGCCAUCCGUAAGUGACCUAGAGCGAUGGUCCGGAUCGUAUUUCCAGUCCCAACGGGAUUGAAUCGCACCGUGGAUGAACCUAGUCCAGGUCGUACCAUGGGUUCGAUACCGGUUGAAUUCGCAUAUGCUUUGCCGAACCCAUGGAUCGACCUGAACUCGUUACACCCAUGGGUCGAACUGGAUUCCCAUAGGGACAAACGCGACUGCGUUUCAACCCGUGAAAAGACUCGCAAGAGCCAGCACAUGUAUGAAUCGGCGGAAAGAUAUCGGUCAAACUAGCCGGUCAUGAUCUGUAGGACCACUUACGGUGUCUACCACGUCUGCUCGACAAGGACAAGGCAGAUAAAUGUCACGAUAGAAGCUCGACCAAGAGCUCUUGUCCUGCCAUUUAUGGCUUCGUUAACUAAAUUUACCAUAGGAUUGGAUUCGAUAACGGGCCUGCCGUGUUCGGCAUUGUUAUCACGCUAAAACCUUAGAAAUAGUAGUAAAUGGGUUUGGGACUAACAUUCUAUUUCCUUCAAGGAACUCAAGCUUCGAAUGAAUUGAAUGUAAUUAAAAGAUAAAACGAUUUUAUAAUCAAACCUUUCAA